UGCCAAGGCGCCAUUUUGUCAGCUGUCGGGAAGCUGCGCGUCCAAGUUCCCUUUUAAUUUCCCCAAUUUGUCUUGUAAAAAAAAAAAAAAAAAAACCCAAGUUAUUUAAUCCGGUUAUUUAAUUUCGUGGCGGAAGCGUGCGCGUGUGUGGGUUUUUUUUUUUUGUUCUAUGUUAAAAAUGAGUGACACGGAAGAGUUGACAGACGAGGAGAGGGAUGGGAGGUCAACAUCAAGAUCACGGAGUAGGAGCCCAGCUGAACUGGCUAAGCCUAAAAGCCAAUCUGCCUCUCGCUCACUUUCAAGAAUAUCAAAAUUGUCAGGAUCUCGGACAUCAUUCUCACGAUCUCGGUCAAGGUCCAGAUCACGGUCACGUUCCCGUCGUCAUCGCCGUCGCUCAAAGUAUUACUCACGAUCCAGAUCUCACACUCGGUCAUACAGGAGGAGAACCAGGAGCCGAUCGUACUCACCUGUGUACAGGCGUCGAAGAAGCAGCAGCCACUCUCCCAUAUCCAGCAGGCGGCGUCACGUUGGAAACAGGACCAACCCGAAUCCUAACAAUUGUAUCGGCGUGUUUGGCCUGAGCUUGUACACUACUGACCGGGAGCUGCGUGAAGUGUUUUCCCGAUAUGGACCACUCGCAGGAAUCAAUGUGGUCUAUGACCAGCGGACAGGAAGAUCAAGAGGAUUUGCGUUUGUCUAUUUUGAAAACGUUGAAGACUCUAAAGAAGCAAAGGAACGUGCAAAUGGGAUGGAACUUGAUGGCCGGCGUAUUAGAGUAGAUUAUUCCAUUACAAAACGGCCCCACACACCAACUCCAGGAAUCUACAUGGGCCGACCAACAACCCGUGUUCAUUCCUCUCAUUACCAUGACUCUCACAGUGAUAGAUACGAUGAUGGGGAUUUCACCUACAGAAGACGUUCAACUUCACCCUGUUACAGCAGAUACCGAUCUCGAUCUCGUUCUCACACCCCACGUAAGUGUUGAUACUGAUGAUAGACCAAGUACGUCCUGUCAGUUUAAGUGAUGGAAAGGUUUUCAGCCUACAGGGAUUUUUUUUUUUUUAACAAAGAUGGAAAAUCUUGGGCAUUGCAAUGCUUUUUUUCAAAAUAAAAAGAAAAAGCUUUUUUUAUUUUAUUAAGCAAAGUCCUAUAAUAAACAGUCUUUCAUUUUAAGAUGUGUUCUGGUGCUUCACUAAGUGGCAUUGCAUAUACAUUGUAAGAAGGAGUCUGUCUUUUUAAUGGAUUCCACAUGCUGUAUGUGUUGCAUUAAAUCAUUAUUGCAGAAAUAUUUCUGGUGCGAAUGUUCUUAAAUUACCUUUUGCAUAUUAAGCGGUGUCUUGACUUUUUGUGCACAAAGGUUUGAUUAUGCAGUGCUUCAUAAGAAAAGAUUCAAUGAUAAAGCUGCUGUUUGACUUGCAAUAAAUGACUUGGACACAA